UGAAUCAUCCUCCACCACAUGCAGCCAUCCUCUAAUUCCAUCUGUUCAGGCAGCAUCGGCAUACUGUUCUGAAGCCUCAGUUUGCUAUAUUAAUUGUAUCAGUCUGUGCAGAGUGCAGGCUGGUUUCGGAGGAGACAGAGGUGCACAAGGCUGAACUACAGCCAUUUGGAUGGGUAACAUACCCACUACAGUCAAGCACUGCCUGAGCUAUGAGCAUCUCAAUCAGGACUACCCAUGGCUGAGACGCUGGCUGCUGGAGGAGAAGACCAUUAGAGGAGAUGAGUAUGCAGAGUUUGUUAAAAUUGUUGAAGUUGGGCCAAGAGAUGGACUUCAAAAUGAAAAGGAAAAUGUUCCAACAGGAGUGAAAAUCCAGCUGAUAGACAUGCUCUCAGCAACAGGCCUGCGUGUGAUCGAGGCCACCAGCUUUGUCUCUUCAAAGUGGGUACCGCAGAUGGCAGACCACACUGAUGUAUUACGAGGAAUCCAGAGAGCACCUCAUGUUCAAUACCCCGUUUUGACACCUAACAUUCAAGGCUUCCAGGAUGCUGUUGCAGCUGGUGCUACUGAAGUGGCGGUGUUUGGGUCGGCGUCCGAAACCUUCAGUAAAAAAAACAUUAACUGCUCUAUUGAGGAAAGCAUGCUGAGGUUUGAGGAAGUCAUUAACGCUGCCAAAGAGCGACACAUCUCAGUUCGUGGAUAUGUGUCCUGUGCCCUCGGAUGCCCCCAUGAGGGACACAUUGAGCCUUCCAAAGUCGCUGAGGUGGCAAAGAGGUUAUAUGAAAUGGGCUGUUAUGAGAUUUCCCUGGGGGAUACCAUCGGUGUUGGUACUCAAGAUUCCAUGUUUAAGAUGCUGCAAACUGUGAUGAAGGAGGUGCCUUGCAACUCUCUAGCCGUUCACUGCCACGACACUUAUGGACAAGCACUACCCAACAUUCUCACUGCACUUCAGAUGGGGGUCCGUGUGGUGGAUUCUGCAGUAGCGGGCCUGGGAGGCUGCCCGUAUGCUCAGGGUUCAUCUGGCAACGUUUCAACAGAGGACGUCCUCUACAUGCUCCAUGGCAUGGGCAUUGAAACAGGUGUGAAUCUUGCCAAAGUUAUAGAAGCUGGUGAUUUCAUCUGCAGUGCUUUAGGUCGCAAGACAAACUCCAAGGUUGCCCGGGCAAGGCACGGGACACUGUGAUGUAUUUCUGUAAAGGACUAUAUUUAAAUUUUGGUCUCCAUGCUUCCCCUGUUGUUGCUGCCUGUGUAUUUGAAGUAUAUUGUUUCUUGUUUUAAACUCUGAGAGGUAUCUUUAAAUAAUCCCAAGAAUACUCAUUUGUGUUCAAAACCACCUCUUUUAAUUUUAGUUUUUUAUUUUUUCAAUUCAUUUGCAUAUUUUUGGAGUUGAUUCUGAAUUGAAGAACCCUGAUCAACUUGAAUUAUCAGUUUUGUGUGUGUGUGUGUGUGUGUGUGUGUGUGUGUGUGUGUGUGUGUGUGUGUGUGUGUAUUCUGUUUGGCUUAUUUUUUGCUCAUUAUGGUGCAUGAAAUAGCUAGAAGCAGAUAAACUCUGUUUAGACAAGUAUUCAUUUUGGAUGGUCUGGACGAUGCUGUAAUUUACUGACUUAUGAACGCAUACUGCUGUUUCAUAUGUCAUUGAUAAAUCCUUCUUACUUCUCUUUGACUCAUACCCCCAGUAGAAGUCAGUCCCCUUUGCGCAGCUCAGUGUCCUUAUAAAGUGUGACUGCUAGUCUACUCUGGCUUCUUGCUGAACUCACUUUAUUAUCACCACGUCUUUCAUUUGAAUAAGUAGAAAAGGCAAACUGCGAAAAGAUAAAUGCACCUUCCAGCUUUUAAAAUAUUUAUACCUCCUUGGGCAUUUUAUCUCUUGGAAGACCUUUUCAGCUUUUUCUGCCCAGUCAGAUUUAGUCUGUGUUGCAAAUAAAAAGAAGACUUCUCUCAAAAUACAAUGAAUAUAUCCUUUUGGUCUGCGAAGAGGCUUUGCCGUCAGGUUUGCCAAAGAUCAUAGAAGAAGUGCCCUUUGAUUAUUUUUCUCCAUUAAAAAAAAAAACUUGAAAAACUAUAACAAGCGCUAGUGUUUGGGAGGAUCAUUUGUGAAAGGAUCAAAUGUCUCUCCUGUCUGUUUACACCCUGCUGUGCUAUCUGCAACAUGUAAUCAACUAGAAACUAAUGUGACACUGAAUUUUAAUGUGCUUUAUCUAAACUACAGUAUUAAAGACUAAAUAUAUGUAUUGUGCUUGAGAAAAAUGAAAACCAGUUACCAGGUAGUUAUGUCUUUGUGUUCACUGAAACUGGAGGAUUAAGAGGAUCUAAAUAA